AUGAGCUUGGAUGAUGAUGAUGGGGAAGUGAACGCUAUCGUUUUCCUUGGCUGUAUGUUAACAAUCAUUACAUGUUCAGCAACAAUACUGUACUUUCGUACGAGCUGUGUGCUCGACCCCGUUACACUUCGCGAAAUGUUGAAGGCAAGAAGAGACAUUGUAAACAGAUAUGGAACGGACUCAAGGCCGUAUUACGGUACACCUGUGAUACGAAGUCAUCGACAUCGUAAAAUAAUGGAUGUGAUUCGAGUAAAACGUAUUACUACACAAUAUGAAAUGCUUACUAAAGACGACAAAUAA